AUAUUAUAUAUAAUAUAAUAUAAUUUAAUAAUAUAAUAUCAAUUUAACUACACCUAUAAAUUCAUUCACUUUUGUAUUACUGUAAUAUCAUACUUCAAUGUAGAUCAUUCUUCAACUGUAUGAUGUUACAGUAAUAAGUGAAUGAAUUUAUAAGUACAAUUAAAUUGAGCUACUUUACACAAUAUUUUAUUGCCAAUAAAAUUAACGAUGCCAAUUCUACAUAAAUAAAACUAUACUGUAUUAUUGUGAGAUAAUAUAAUGAUUUUGAAAUUUUUCUUUUUAUGAUUGAUCGAAAUACGCAUGCAUGGCAAAAUAUUUUUUUAGCUGUAAAUCGAAAAAGAGCCACAUCGAUUCAGCGUUAAUUGAUUGUAUCCAGAUGUACGCGAUAGCCAGGGCGGUGGAUCUUCCGUCGAAAAUCGGCGACCUCGAGGUUCUCAUAUUGAUCGUCUCCUGCAUCUGUCACGAUCUCGAUCAUCCGGGCUACAACAAUAUCUAUCAGAUAAACGCGCGGACUGAACUAGCAUUGCGUUACAACGAUAUCUCGCCUUUGGAGAAUCAUCACUGUUCCGUGGCGUUCCGGGUCCUGGAGGCACCCGAGUGCAACAUCCUCGCGUCCUUGGACAAUCUUACCUAUAGAAUAGUGCGCGAGGGCAUUAUACGAUGCAUCCUAGCGACCGACAUGGCCCGGCACAACGAGAUCCUCGGCCAGUUCAUCGAUAUCAUUCCUGAAUUCGAUUAUACCAACAGAGCACAUAUAAAUCUGCUAUCCAUGAUCCUUAUCAAGGUAGCCGACAUAAGUAAUGAGGCGCGCCCGAUGGAAGUCGCGGAACCAUGGCUGGACAAGUUACUUCAAGAGUUCUUCAAGCAGAGUGACGCGGAGAAACUCGAGGGUCUUCCGGUCACGCCAUUCAUGGAUCGCGACAAGGUGACCAAACCAUCGUCCCAGGUUAGCUUCAUCGGCCUAGUUCUUCUCCCCCUCUUCGAAGCCCUCGGCGAACUUCUUCCCGAGCUACAGAAUCUCAUAGUUCAACCCGUCAGGGAAGCUCUGGAGUACUAUCGCAGACUGAACGAGGCUGCCAAAGACGAACGUCAUCAUCGGAAAAGUGUCAUAGAUGUCGGAGAAUCAGGUAUAUCCAAUGCGCCGAGCGGCGUUGGCAGCUCGUCCGCCAUUAUCAAAUCCACGUCGUCGCACAGCAUGCGUUCAAAACGAUCCGCCACGACAAUCCAUUCGCGCUCGCGCUCCACCGACGACGAUAUUACGGAGAACUUGACGAUGGAGGAGAUGGAAAAUGUCGAGAGCUCUGAUCCGGAGACCGCCACGGAAGUAGAGAUCAGCGAGAAGACGCUCAAGUUCAAGAUUUCCACCGAAGGCACACUGGCCGGCCCGACUACCGGCCGGAAGAGUUGCCCCAGCAGUCGCAAGGGCAGCCGGGAGAAAUCCUCGUUAGAUUAUCAUAAUCAGGAUCUGAUCAAGGCCGUUCGGGAACACGAGCGCGAGAGGAGACGCAGCAGCAGAUGCGAAAAUCUCGGUAGCGAUGUCAGUUCGCCGGUCAGCGCGAGAUCCGCCGAAGGCACGCGUAUUCUCGAGGAAAUUGAGAAGGAGGCGACAUUUCUAGUCGCUAAAAUUGAAGGCAGAGCGCCAGAGGGAAACGGUAAUAUCGUCGUGGCAGAGGCCCACUCGCAACCGAGGAACAACGUGAAGAAGGCCGGCACGGUCAUAAAGAAUAUUCACGAAAUCCGAUCUAGUCGUAAGGAUGCACACGGCAGUCGAGAAUCAAUCAAUCUGCGAUGUUGCUGCGACGACAGAACUGGGUCGAAUAAUCACAAGUCUUUAUUCUCACGGCUGAGAAACUUUACGGAUCGUCUGAGCAGCAGUUUUGAUUCUAAGGAUUCGCCCAGUCCAAAACCAAAGCACGCGUCCAAGAUGCUCACUAAGAGCAACUCGGUGAGCAGCGGUUCCGCCGCGACUUCGAGGAGGCAUAACAAUUCUUUGUUCAUCUGUAAGCGCUGCAACCUUGUUAAGUCUUCGAUUAAGGACAACAGCAAAGCUAUUGCAACUGUGGUGGAGUUAUCGUCGGUUGACAAACGAGCGAUGACUCUGCCCAAGGUUCGCAAAUCCACAGACAGCAAGAACAAAAGCUGGCGGACGGUGUUCACUAAAGAAAAGAGAUCGUCCACUUCUUUGGAGGCUUUGCCGGCAGCCGGCUCCUUUUCCAAGCACCGUAGAAACUUAUCGAAUCCCGAGGGCAAGUCUCAGAGUAUGAAGGAAGUGAAAAGAUCUCGACAGGAUCUGGAUAUCGAGUUUCAAGAGAUCAAUGUACGUCCGAAGAAACAGCAGCAGCCUGAAAUCAUAGUCAAUCUCGAUGAUACCUCAUGCGACAUUGAAGAAGAUCUCGGCAAGGUGGAGAUUAGGAGAAGCUCAGCCAGUAUGGAAGACAUUUCUAAGAUGGCAAAGCAGGCGGAAGCGGUCAUACUGGGUUCGCUGAAUUCCAAGGCGGAGGAACGUCCGCACACCGGUAGUCUGGAUUCGAUGCUCUGCAAGGAGGUGUCUAAAUCACGAAAGAAGCAUUCCACUGUGUUCGCGUCGCCCGCCACGACCAAAAAAUCCUCGCCCGGUCUAUUCUCGCGAUUCAAAUCCGGUAUGAGCAUUGACAGUACUCGGAGCAACAGCAACAGCGAUUCUCUGCACGAUCACGGUUCGCAAAGCGGCUGGAUAUCUUCGUUGACGGCCAGUUUUCGGCCAAAGAGGCACCCGAAUGAAACGCCGCUGUCGCCGCAUCCACCGAGGUCGCCCAGCAGAGAAGAGAUCAUGUAAUACGUCCUGGUGGUCGAGGAUCCCUCUGAGAAGAAGCUCGGGCUUCGCGGUUGGUGGCCCGAAAACCUGUUCUGCUGCAACAGUUAGGACUCCAAUGGAAAAAGUUUGAGCCUAGUUUAGGCUCAGAAAUAUCCAGGAAUGUCUGUCGCAUUGUAAUACAAGGGAAAUUAGUAAAAUAAUUGUCAAGAAAAAUUUUGGAGAGGUUUAAUUUUUUAAUACAGGUAUCAUCAUGUUUCUCAUCGAGAUAUUAAUUAUCGGUACCGAUUAAUAGCUGCAAUGUGCAGACAUAAAACUCCGAUCAAAUGCAUCGGUGAUAUUUAUUAAAUAUAUGUCGCGACAUAAAAAGUAGAAUGAAUUGCGAUUAAUUCGUGAUAAUUAAUGUCACAUCGCAAAAUAUGCGCGUAUAUAGGAGAAUAAAAUCUAUCCCCGUAUAAUUAAAAGCAGUCAAUUUCGAACAAACGUAAUAUUUGCUCGAGUAAGCCAUUUAUCGAAAAAUAAAAAACAAAAUGUUACAUAUCUAAUAUAUUAUUUCCGAUUAAAUUGAAUUCUUUGUAAUUGAAUUUUUCUUGCGAAGGGAUCCUCAUACGGACCAUGAUUUAAUGCCAUCAACUUUGACUGUUUUAUGUCAUAACGAUGCGAAGUCGCGAGAGUCGAAAUAUUUUAUUUGCGAGGGACACCUACGGCCUGUGGGAAACGAGGAUGUGUAUAUAUAUAUAUGCUGUAUACAUAGACUAUUUUAUUUAUUGUCUAAUUAAAGAGUAGCCUAACAAGUGAUCAUUAAUGUUGUUCGUUACUAUACAUACAUACAUACAUAUAUAAAUAUACGCAGUGUAUACAAAGACAUAAGAAUAUAACGCAUCUCCACUAGGAGCAAGUGGAUAAUUUUAAGUAGAAGAGACAAACACAAAUAGAUAUGUAAGCGUGGCUCGUGUAUCGAUGUGCGAUUAAGUUUCGGGGACUGUAUCAAGGAUGUGAGGUAAGAAAAUCUUGUCAGACCAUUUUUAAAAUAUUCUAUGAAUAAUCUUAUUUUUUAAACCAACGCCCUCAAAAGUUUUUAGAGAUAUUAUUUUCUAAGAAAGCUACUUUUAAAAGAAAAACUUACUUUUUUCUCAAAAUAUUUCUCGACACAUUAUUCGACACUUGUACAUUAUUCUCGAAUUAUUCUGAGAUAUUCUUGAGAAUCCUAGAAUAUUUUCAGAUUAUUUUCACUUUCCGAGAAAAUUGUCAUUUUAUAUCAGUAGUUGCCACGGCGAAAUUAGAAAAUAGAAUAGAUUUAUUAGAUUUAUUAAGUGUGUUUCUCAUUGAUUUCUCCAUAACUCGGAAAGCACUAGAAAAAUUGUUUAGCGAAUCAUUUUUUGUCUCUCUAAUCGUGUUAUUAAAACAUUAUUCAAUUUGGAAAACGAUUUAUUAAACUUGAUUGAUUUGAUUGAGGAGAAGAGAUCUGUUUAAAGUUUCUUGAAUAGCUCAAUAAAAUGAUUUUAGUAUUUUUUUAACAUCGUAUCCCAAAAAAGUACAUAAAACUGAUAACAGGAAUAUAAUCGAUCGGUCUUUUCUCAAUUAUAUAUCUAUAUUGGACUCUAUCUACCCUGUUAUUGUUUAAAAAUUCAGAUAAUUUAGUGGCUUAUUGAUAUACAUAAAUACACGCAUGCAUAAACACGCGUAAAUACAAUUAUUUUUGUACGAGAGAGAGACUUUCUGCUCUACAUUUUUUUAGAUAUUUAUAUUUUUGUAUUUUAUCAUAUACACACAAUUGCGUAUAUAUGGCAAUUAAAAAAAUCGCACGUGUUGAAUUCUAGUCUUACAUUAUUGUUUUUAGACCAAUUAAAAGUUGAUUUUAGGCUGAUCUUAAGUUGGGCAACAGUCUCUGCGAAGAAAACCCUCGAUAUGUGUGUGAACGAGCGACAUUUACAUUUGACUGAUUAUUUGACUAACGAAUUUUUAUCUCUCUCUCUUUUCGUGUCGUAGAAUCAAUAAUUGUCGAUUAAAUCAAGUGGAACUUGAUGUGCAUGUGUGACGAUACGAAUGAAAAAAUUAAGUCCACGCGUAAAGUUGUCUAAAAUAUAUAAUUUUAACAAAUAAAAGAAAAGAUAAAAAAUUGCGUUAAUUUCAUGAUUUUUUUAUUCGGUAAAUUUCUGCUGUCGAGACGUGAAGUCGAAUAAUAAAAUGUAUAUAUAGAAUAGAAUAAUUAUCUUUCAAGUAGAAUAUAUAAACCUCCUGUGUGAGAAAAACUUUCCUUGAAAUUGAGACUUGAAUUAGUAUACUCGUUUUCCUGAAAGAAAGUUAUUGUUGAAAAAA